GGCAGUAACACUGUAUGACAAACCAGCUUCUUAUUUUAAGGAAACGCCAUUAGAACUUCAACAUCAGUUGUACAUGAAACUUGCCAAAGACUAUGAGCCUUUUAAACCACGUACAGAGUCUGUCAGUUGGAACGCUGAGAGGUCAGCCUUUACAGAAAUGGAUGAAAAAAAGGGACAUGUGAUAAAAAGCAGAGGACGGCCAGCUCUUCUCAUCAGCAGCACCAGCUGGACAGAGGAUGAAGACUUUUCAGUCCUUUUGAAAGCUUUAGAAGAUUACGAGGAUUAUAUCAAUGAAGGAGCCAAGCUUCCAUCUUUAGUGUGUGUGAUAACAGGUAAAGGACCUCUAAAAGACUACUACAACGGACUGAUAAAUAAACUGCACUUGAAACAUAUCCAGAUCUGUACCCCGUGGCUCGAAGCUGAGGAUUACCCUCUUUUGCUUGGCUCAGCAGACCUGGGGGUGUGUCUCCAUAAAUCAUCUAGUGGUUUGGAUUUACCCAUGAAGGUGGUGGAUAUGUUUGGCUCUUGUUUACCUGUGUGUGCAGUAUAUUUUGAAUG